AUGGCUGGAAAGCGUGCACGCGAUUUGAAUGGCGAAGAUGAGACGGCCCAUGAUACGACUCAUCCCUCGCGCAAGCGACGUGUUGAAUUUGGUGUUGCCGACGCUAAAUUGGCUGCCCUGUACAACGAUCUGUCCGACGAUGUGAAAACAACCAGAUUGAAGGCUGCAGCAGACCUUAUUCGCACCCUUGCAGAAGCGGACCCCGAAGCCCUGGACAAGUCCCUGACUAGACUCGUUAGAGGUCUCUGCAGUAGCCGUAAAGCCGCGAGAUCUGGAUUCUCGGUGGCUUUGAUAGAGAUCUUGAAGCUGACAUCCAAAUCUCCGGCCACGGGUGUUGAGGGUGUGGACUUGACUCUUCCCGCGAUCAUUGACAAGAUUGUCUCGAUCACACAACCCGAGGAGCAGAGCAACAACAAGUCUCUCAUCCAGAGCCAACUUCUCUUUGCAAAGGAUGUUUCUGUAGCUGAAUGGGAAAAGGUUCUUGAUCACAUCUUCAAGCUUGCAACCGAGACUACCUGGCUGCGAAGAGAAUGCGGCGUGACUCUCUACGAGACAUUGGCUACACUAACCCAGAUCAAAGAUUUUGACCUCGAAUAUGUCAACUUGCUUGUACAGAGACUUGAGCCCUUCAAACUCAGCAAGACCCCGGAAGGCCUUGCCAUCUGGUUGACCACCUCUGCACUAUUCCCUGAAGCUAAGCUACCUAAGGGAGUAUGGAACCACAACGAUCCUCUUUCUUCAAAGGAGAGAGGCACCGUGGCAAAAGUCCUCCGUGAUAACGGUGCUCAAACUGAAGAUGGCCCAGUCGGUAACAGCACUGGUGCUGCACAGAGCUCGCCUUCGUUUGCCUGGUCUAUCAUCCUCUCGCACCUCUACAAACGCCACAAGCCUAGCAAAAAGUCAGACGAGAAGAUCUCUGACUUUGAAAAGUUCUGGCUCGAAGCCGUGGAUCGUAAGACACCCUUAUUCAGACCCUUUACCGAACGCAAAUCCCUUGGCCUUCAGGUCGUCUCUAUGGGAAUCUCAACCGCUCCAGUUCAGCUGCUCCAUGCUGUCUUCAGCCCCAACGCUAUGCGCUGCAUUAUCAACCAACGUGCCGGACAAGACCGAUACCUUCACGAAGCAGCCAAGGGUCCGCUAUCACAGAUGGUUACUCGCUCAAAGUCUGAUCAAGAAAGCAUUCCCGUGAUGCUGAAGGGUUUGUUAUCAGGCAACGGCGCUGUGGAUUUUGACCGUUUGACAAAGUCCAAAACGGCCGAAGACCUCUUCGCUCGCGCAAAGGAUGAGAGCGCAGCUGGCGCUCUGACCAUCUUGCAACAACUCUCAGCUAAACCAAAUGCCGAAGAUCAACCGCAGGCUGAUACCAAGCGCCGCCUUCUCGCUGAUAUGAUGCUGAAUAUGGCUCGUAAGCAACAGGCUGAGGAAGGUAAGGACAACGAGAAUAUUACUUCUCUUGUCUUGUCUAUGGUGCCUUUCGGCUAUGCCGAUGCUGCGGCCGGUGCUCUCAAGGCAUCCCCUCCGUUGUCUGAAGCAAGCCAAGAAAUGUUCCGCUCGCGUCUCAUGUCCUGUCUCAACCACAUUCUCUCUGCUCGUAUGGAUCCGGACUUCACGAUCCUUGAGAAAGUCGUCGAAGAAGUCAAGACAACUGAUGCUGCAUCCAAGAUCGGUCUGCGAACCAAAGCCGAUCAGGAGAUCGUGGACAAUCUGGAAAAGGCUCACAAGACCUUGAAAGCUCUGAAGAAGCUUGAAACAAAGCAGAAGGACAGCAAGAAAGCACCUCUACGUGCUUUCAAGGCCUUGUAUGCUCUCUCCAUCUUGCUUGUCUACAACGGUGAAGCCGAUGUCGUUCCUGUUUUGGAAGACUUGGAGUUGUGCUACCAAUCGUGGAAGAAGAGUGAAGACGCUUCUGUCAUGCUUGUUGAAAUUCUGCUCAGCUUCAUCUCCAAGCCCUCUGCUGUCUACCGUAAGAUUGCCCAACAGCUCGAUGCUGAAGGUCUGCAAUCAAUGCUCGAUAUUCUCGACAAGUCCGAAAACCUCAGCGGUCAGCAAGAGCUCUUCGAGCAAGCUGAUGAUGCCGAGGAAGAUGGUGAGUCAGGAUCCGAUGAGGAUCCUUCUGACGUCGAGAUGAUAGACGGUGAGGAUGACAGCGACGUCGAGGUCGACAGUGAUGUUGAAGUUGUCGAAGAUGCCGAGUCUGGCGCUUCCGAGGACGACUCGGAUGAAGAAGCCGACGCCGAAGAUGCCGAUCUCGAAGACUUCGAGAACAAACUUGCACUUGCACUGAAGACGCAAAAACCUACAGAGGAUGAUUCGGACUUUGAUGAGUCGGACAUGGACGACGACCAAAUGAUGGCAUUGGAGGGCCAUCUUACGACCAUCUUCACAGAGCGCAAGAAGAACACAAGCAACAGUAAGAAGGACAACAAGGACGCCAAAGAGAACAUUGUUAACUUCAAGAACCGUGUUCUCGACCUUUUGACUAUCUUCGCCAAACAGGAACACUCCAACAAAUUGACUCUGGAUCUGGUCUUACCGAUGAUCACGUUGAUCAGAACAACCACUAGCAAGCAGAUCUCGGACAAGGCUUUCGGCUUAUUGCAACAGUUCUUCGGAGCUUGCAACAAGACCAAACAAUUCCCCGAAGCCGAUGAAGCAUCCGAAGUUCUCGCCCUCCUCAAUUCCGUCCACGAUGAAAUCCGAGCCAACGCUUCAAAGUUGCACAGCAACGCCUGUAGUCGCUCGAGUUUGUUCCUCGCCAAGAUUUUGGUUAACCUGGACCCUAAGCAUUACUCGGAUGUUGCCGACUGUUACAGUAACCUCCAGAAGGAAUGGUAUACCGACCCGAAGUCGCAAAUUCAACCCAGUGUUUUUACCGAAUGGACCUCUUGGAGCAUUACCACGAAGAAGCACAACAAUUGA